GAUUACGAUCUAUCGGGAAGUAAAAUAACGCUUAGAGUUUUAAUUUAACUUGAUGAGCUGUGGACCAGCUGUCUCUAAUGUCUAUGAGGAACUGUUGAGCCUUAAUAAAUCGGACGUAAAUAGUUAGAAGGAAGAUGCAUGUAGUGACAGCGUAAACUUGUUUUAUGGUAUGGAGGACAGUUCAAUUCAACACAUAAUUAGCCACGGAUCGCAAGUUCUGUUCUUGAAAUUGAAGGAGCGAGCAGAGAAUGCUAGAGGUGGACCGGGUUCAAUUACUAGAGUCGGAAGAAAAGCAGCAAGAUGAAGGGAAUAUUGAAGACACUUUCGAUUUCAAGUGGCGGUGCCUCGUAGCCCUGAUUUCCAUACUAUUCUUUUUGAUGUCGUUCGAUUGUGACCUUGUUUUAGCCAGUGCGUAUUUCGAGAGAGAAAUGUACCAUGAGUUCAGCUUGACAAUAUCCAUUACCGUCACUGCUAGUUUGGUGAUAGGGAGCUUGAGUACAUUUUGGAUCAUUCAGAAUUCCUCGACAAAGAAAUCCCCACCAGGAAUUAGAUAUGUUCUGUGUAUUUUGACCAGGUUUCCAAUGUCAGGAUUGGCUAGAGAUGCAGACGUAUUAAGCCGAUGGAUUAUAAAGAGAGGUGACGGCCACCAAGGGAAGUUUUUACAGAUUAACAGGGAAGCAAGAACUCUUAGGCUGUAUGAUGCACUAAUAGGAAACGCGGCACAGUUUUUGCUGCAGGGAUAUUUUUACAUUACCAAAUUUAAGGAAAUUGACGCAUAUUUAAAUUUCCUGUACUGCAUGUCCGUCAUUUCGUCCUUUGUUAUUGUUGUCUGGUCUGUGACAACUUAUACCUCAUCGUCCGACAGAGACCGUGCACUAGCCGCUGUACCUGACAACAACAAAGGCGACAGCAACACAACAAAGGGUCUCGCCACCACGCUACUGGACAUCUUCAGCAACCGAACCUUUCUCAUCUUGUUUCUCCUUAGCAAUGUGAUCUUUGUAGCCACCUUUCUGGUUUUUAGUUGGACCACAAGUCACAAUUAUAAUUAUAAUUAAUUUUUUAGAUAUGUUUUACAAAUACAAUGUACUACUAUUAUAAUUAUAUUUUUUUAAGAAUGAGUGUCUCAAUGUUUUCUACAAGAAUAGAUGUGUAAUCUGUAUAUUAUGAUGUGCUGAAAAAUCCAACAGGGCCUGGUGC